ACCUGCAAGAAGACCGCACACCUGGAACUGCUGAUUUCAAGAACAACUGACGAAUAGCAGAAAACUGUCUCACAAAUCUCUGUAAAACAUGAUGGAGCUUUCAUAUCAAUCUAUGAAAGUCGCUCAUCAGGCCCGGGAGGCGGAUGAGCUGAGGACUGAGAUGAGGAAGAAGAGCCUUCUCAUCCUCAUCUAUCACCACCUGCUGGGGCAAGGCUACGUGGCUGCAGCAGUGGCCUUGGACCAGGAGACUAACGGGGGUGUGAGGAAGUUCGAGGUGUGUGAUAACAUCGAUCUUGAGAUGGUGCUCAUGGAGUACGAGAGCUAUCACUACGUCAAGUUCCAGAAGUAUCCCAAACUUAUCAGAAAAACAGCAGAACCAGGUGAAAGCAGAUAUGCAAGAAGCAGUGGAAUAAAGAGAAGUCCCUGUUCAGCUGUGAAGCCUCUUCCCAAAAUCAACCCGUCCCAGAGGCCACACUCUGGAGGCGGAGCCAAGAAGACCGCAGCCAGUGCACAUUCAAAUGAGGACGGCUCCUCUGUUCCCCCAGAGUCGUCAGAGUUUGGUCUCAACGUUUCCUCCAUCAGGAAUGGACCAGCUGGAGAGGCAGCCAUGAACAAGAAGGGCCACAUGACUGACAGCAGGGGAGCCAGCAGUGACUCAGAGCAUAUGGAACGGCUGCUGAAGCCCCUCAGUGGCUUUUCUGGAAUGAGUGGUGAGAUGAAAGAACUGGCUACAAUCAUCAGCAGGGACAUCUAUUUGCACAGCCCCAACGUGCGGUGGGAGGACAUCAUCGGCCUGGAGGAUGCAAAGCGAUUAGUCAAAGAGGCCGUCGUCUAUCCCAUUAAGUACCCGCAACUGUUUACAGGCAUCCUGUCUCCAUGGAAGGGCUUACUGCUCUAUGGCCCCCCAGGUACAGGUAAGACCCUGCUGGCAAAGGCUGUGGCUACAGAGUGUAAAACAACCUUCUUCAACAUCUCAGCCUCAAGCAUAGUCAGCAAGUGGAGAGGAGACUCUGAGAAACUGGUCAGGGUCCUGUUUGAGCUGGCCAGGUACCACGCCCCGUCCACCAUCUUCCUGGAUGAGCUGGAGUCAGUGAUGGGCCAGAGAGGAACCAGCAUGGGAGUGAUGUCUGUCCUCAGAGGAGAGCACGAGGGAGGUCGCAGAAUGAAGACAGAGCUGCUGGUUCAGAUGGACGGACUGGCGAGAUCAGAGGACCUGGUGUUUGUACUGGCGGCCUCCAAUCUGCCUUGGGAACUGGACCACGCCAUGCUGAGGAGGUUAGAGAAGAGGAUUCUGGUUGGUCUUCCUUCUUCACCAGCUCGCCAAGCCAUGAUGUCUCAUUGGCUGCCUCCUCUUAACUCCACAGGAGGAGUGGAGCUACGAACUGAGCUGGAAUAUGAAACUCUGGCGAAGGAGAUGGAGGGUUACUCUGGCUCUGACAUCAGACUGGUGUGUAAGGAGGCCGCCAUGAGACCAGUCCGCAAGAUCUUUGAUGCUCUGGAGGCACAUCAGGAUGGAGAUAUUGACAUGCCCGCCAUCCAGCUGGAAACCGUGACAACAGCGGACUUCCUGGAAGUCAUCGCGCACACCAAACCUUCGGCCCGAAACCUGAUGGAGAGAUACACAGCCUGGGAGAGAGAGUAUGAGUCUGUCUGACACUCAUACACACAGGGAUGUUUCCACAUGAGAAAAAAAUGCCGACACUACAACAUAUCUGGAUAAGAAUUAUAUUACUGUAUACAAAUGAGCCUGCUGCAGUUACACUUAGCAGGAGCGAAUAAGAGUUGCAAGAAUAUUUAUCAGCAUAUUCUGUUAGCAUGAGCUAUUUUUAUGCUUUGGGUAUUCAUUACUUGCAGAGUGUAGAGUGUGUGUACCCAUUAUAUGACUUCUGGGGGCAUAUUUGAUACUUUAACUAAUUCUCACAUCAAUAAAUCAUCCAACACUU